GGCUGGGCUCGGGGAGACCCUGCUGAGAGAGGAGCGGGAGUGAGACCUGGGCCGCCUGGCCAGCCGGAGCCCGGGCACCAUGAACGACGUGGCCAUCGUGAAGGAGGGCUGGCUGCACAAACGAGGGGAGUACAUCAAAACCUGGCGGCCCCGGUACUUCCUCCUCAAGAACGACGGCACCUUCAUCGGCUACAAGGAGCGGCCGCAGGACGUGGAGCAGCGCGAGUCCCCGCUCAACAACUUCUCGGUGGCGCAAUGCCAGCUGAUGAAGACGGAGCGGCCCAGGCCCAACACCUUCAUCAUCCGCUGCCUGCAGUGGACCACGGUCAUCGAGCGCACCUUCCAUGUGGAGACACCCGAGGAGCGGGAGGAGUGGACGACCGCCAUCCAGACAGUGGCCGAUGGGCUCAAGAGGCAGGAAGAGGAGAUGAUGGACUUCCGGUCGGGCUCGCCCAGCGACAACUCUGGGGCUGAGGAGAUGGAGGUGUCCCUGGCCAAGCCCAAACACCGCGUGACCAUGAAUGAGUUUGAGUACCUGAAACUGCUGGGCAAAGGCACCUUUGGGAAGGUGAUCCUGGUGAAGGAGAAGGCCACGGGCCGCUACUACGCCAUGAAGAUCCUCAAGAAGGAGGUCAUCGUGGCCAAGGUGGGGCACCGGGCCGGGGCGGGGGGCUGGCCGGGGCUGGGGCGGGCGGCUCACGGGCCUGUCUUCCAGGACGAGGUGGCCCACACGCUCACAGAGAACCGCGUCCUCCAGAACUCCCGGCACCCCUUCCUGACGGCCCUCAAGUACUCCUUCCAGACCCACGACCGCCUCUGCUUCGUCAUGGAGUAUGCCAACGGGGGCGAGCUCUUCUUCCACCUGUCCCGGGAGCGGGUGUUCCCCGAGGACCGGGCCCGCUUCUAUGGCGCCGAGAUCGUGUCGGCCCUGGACUACUUGCACUCGGAGAAGAACGUGGUCUACCGUGACCUCAAGCUGGAGAACCUCAUGCUGGACAAGGAUGGGCACAUCAAGAUCACCGACUUCGGGCUGUGCAAGGAGGGCAUCAAGGACGGCGCCACCAUGAAGACCUUCUGCGGGACGCCCGAGUACCUGGCCCCCGAGGUGCUGGAGGACAAUGACUAUGGCCGGGCGGUGGACUGGUGGGGGCUGGGCGUGGUCAUGUACGAGAUGGUGUGCGGCCGCCUGCCCUUCUACAACCAGGACCACGAGAAGCUCUUCGAGCUCAUUCUCAUGGAGGAGAUACGCUUCCCACGCACGCUCAGCCCAGAGGCCAAAUCUCUGCUCUCGGGGCUGCUCAAGAAGGACCCCAAGCAAAGGCUUGGCGGGGGCUCCGAGGACGCCAAGGAGAUCAUGCAGCACCGCUUCUUCGCCAGCAUCGUGUGGCAGGACGUGUACGAGAAGAAGCUCAGCCCACCCUUCAAGCCCCAGGUCACUUCAGAGACAGACACCAGGUAUUUUGAUGAGGAGUUCACGGCCCAGAUGAUCACCAUCACGCCCCCCGACCAAGAUGACACCAUGGAGGGCGUGGACAGCGAGCGGAGGCCCCACUUCCCCCAGUUCUCCUACUCGGCCAGCGGCACGGCCUGAGGAGGGCCAGCCGGGCCACGCUGGCGGACACCGCCUGGGCAGCCAUGCGCUCCGGACACGGCUUCCACGGAUCGCGAGGACGCCUCGCACAGAUGAUCUCUAUUUAAUGUUUUUUAUUUCUGGAUGCAUUUGGGAGGAACCACGCGCUCCUCUGUGCACGGAUGGGAAACGUCUCGUGCUGCGGGCAGGGCUGCCUGCCUUGGAGGCGGCGUCCUCCCGGCCAGCCGGGUCGGGAGAAAAACUGUCCUGCGGUGUUUCUUAAUUUAUUUCAUCUGGUUCUCCAGACGUGGCCUCGGCCUUCAGAACAAUUAGAUCCACGUAGGAAAACAGUGAGGACUUCCGCAGCCAUGUGCAAUCAGGGCUCCACGUGCCCUGCCCAUGGCCCCUCAGGCCCUCUCGCCGGCUGUUCUGGCUGCCACUAGUUUCGGCCCCACCUGGGGACGCUAGAAGCAACCUGGUUGUGGCAUGCCGGCCUGGCGUCCUCUCCCUCGGGGUGGGGCCCAUGGCAGCCCCUGGCGCUAAGGCCCGAGGAGGAGUGGCCCUGAGAUGGGGCCUGGGCCCAGGCUGGGCCAGGUUCGCCCCAGGAGACGGGAACAAGGCUGAAAUCUGUUGCUGUGUAUUACGCUGUUCACGUGCAUUCUGGGG